AUGGCGGACAGAGACAGCGAGGGUGAGAGUGGGGCGCCGGCCGAGGCCACGGUGCUCCAGGACUCUCCGUUACCGCCCGCUGACCCGCUCCCCGAAGGGGAAGAGGAGAACACAGCGGCGGCUAGGGAGGAUGAGGAGGCGGCGGAUGAGGCCUCGCCUACUGCCGAACCCCCACCGCCGCCGCCGUUGCUACUGCAGACCCAGGAGUUAGCCUCGAAGCGGGUGGACAUCCAAAACAAGCGCUUCUACCUGGAUGUCAAGCAGAACGCCAAAGGCCGCUUCCUGAAGAUUGCCGAGGUGGGCACAGCGGGCCGCAAGAGUCGGCUCACCGUCUCCAUGCCGCUGGCGGCCGAGAUGCGCGACCGGCUGGGCGACUUCAUCGAACACUACGCGCAGCUCGGGCCCGGCGGAGGAGGAAUUGGCGACGCCAGUUCCCGCAGGCCUCCGCCGCCGCACCACCAUCAACCCCUCCACCCGCCGGUCCAAGCCCAGCCACAAGCUCGGGCCCAGCUGGCUCCAGGGGAGGUGCCGCCGCAGCGGGUUCUGAAAAGCGAGUACCUAGUGCGGGAAAACCGCAAGUAUUACCUGGACUUGAAGGAAAACCAGCGCGGCCGGUUCUUGCGCAUCCGCCAGACCAUGAGCCGAGGCCCGGGUUGGGGCUACUCGGGACAGGGACAGACCAUCGCCCUCCCUGCUCAAGGCCUUAUCGAGUUCAGGGACGCUUUGGCCCGGUUGAUCGAGGAUUUUGGCGUUGGCGGUGGGCCAGGCCCGGGAGGUGGAAGCGGCGAGCUGGGCGACGGUACCAUAGCCCUUGUGCCGCCGGAGUUGCCCGAAGGCACCUCUGUGCCCGUCGACAACAAGAGGUUCUUUUUUGAUGUCGGCUCCAAUCGCUACGGGGUGUUUCUGAGGGUGAGCGAAGUCAAGCCGGCUUACCGCCACUCCAUCACCGUACCUAGCAAAGCCUGGGCCCGUUUCGGCGAUAACUUCAUCCGGUAUGCCGAGGAGAUGAGGGCAAUCCAGGAGAAGCGGAGGGACAGGAGAGCCGAGCUGUCCAGGGAGACGGUGGCGAACAGUGAAGAGGAAGAAGAGGAAGACUGA